AUGUAUCAUUUAAAAUCCAUCCAUCUUGUGUUCUACAACCUGAAACCAGAUAGAGAGCAACAUCUCAUACAGAUUUACAGGUGCAUCUGGGUGCUAUGGGAAAUUGAGAAGGACGACUGGGAAAGCGUUUUGAGAGGACUGGACAAAUCUCGAGUGAAGUUUGUGAUAGCAUCGGGCCUAAUCGUGUCCCCGGACCAACCCUGGUUGGCAUUCAAUCUGUUCAUGAUAUCCGUGUCUUUUGUAAUCAUGUCGUUCUUUGUUUACGUGGGCGGCAUGAGCAUCUACUUUGCGCGCAACGACCUUGUAGCGUUCGUAGAGAUCGCACACGCCUACACGUUUGUGUGCGCAUUUUGGGUGCUUCUGUUCGUGCACUACAUGUUCAAAGUGCCCUUCGCUCAUGAGCUUCUUCAAACCAUAGAUGGUGGAAUAUUUGAGUACAAGACAAAGUACGGCAGAGACAACGACGAGAAACUCAUCAACAAAAUGAGAUUCUACCACUCACUUUUCCAAAAACUUUUCCAUUCUGCUAUAGCUACAGCUUUAGCAAUCCUGUGUUUCUUGGGUCCCUUCAUCAUCAAGUUUUUCGGAAACGAAGACCGAAAAAAGAUCAAGGAAAUAAACUACAAUUUCCCUGUACCGUUGUGGUUCCCCUUCAACACAGACACGGUACUUGGAUUCAGUCUAGCCUACGGUAUACUUUUCUUCCAAAUCUCUCUGAUUGCCGUCUAUCUAUCAGCUGCUAUUCCUUUCCUGGUUUAUGUAGCGUUUGAGAUCAACACUCAGUACAUCAUUUUGAAAAAUUCUAUACUGAAUCUUGAGCAACGGGCCUUGGAGAGAUACAAUGUGGCUUGCAGUGUAACAGAAACUCAGAUUCAAUUGCUGAGGGAAGACCCAAUAUUUGAAAGAUGUGUGCAGGAGAGCCUGAAAGAGAAUUUACUGCAUCACAUAGAAAUUCUGAGAUUUUUCAGUCUAUAUCAGGACUUAUCAUCAACGAUUUUUGGUAUCAUAAUAGGGGUCAGCAUGGUGAUACUCGCAUCCUUGUCUCUCGUGCUCACAAAGAUAGAGCUAUUCUCAUUUGAGACAGUGAAAUUUGCAUUUUUCUUUAUAGUGGAGUUAGUGGUGGUGUUUGGCUAUUGUCUGAUGGGGACUUUUCUAACUGAUGGAAGCUUAGAAAUACCAAGUGCGUUAUAUAAUUGCCCGUGGUAUAACUUGAAUGAGAAUCAUAGAAGGAUGCUGCGAGUGUUCCAAAUUAAUUCCUCGAUAAGUAUUGAACUGAGAGGCAAUGGACUGUUCUUGAUUGAUCUACAGUUAUUUGUCCAGAUAGUUCAAACGACAUACUCAAUAUUCAAUAUUUUCUCAUCUAUGGAGACUUAAAUCUGAGGAGAAAUCUGUGAAAAUGAAAUAAUAAUCAAGAAAUGAAGAGAGAGAGCGGACUAAAACAAGGAG